UUAUGAAAGUGCACACCGGAAGUAAGCUCUAUUAAAGUACUUCGCGCAGAAGACCGCGAACACAAGUCAAGCUAGAAAAUCCACGUGAAGACUUACGACGCGACUUUAUUCCCCCCGUGACUCCCUGUUAUCUCACUAACACAGCACGAUAAGCGACCGAAACACACGAUUUGCAUGCUUUUGAGAUGAUUUACCAACAACAGCCAACAUACACAUGUAAUUGACCACGUUUGCCCGACUUGAAUCUCUCAUAUCAAGCUAAAGCUAGCCCGGCUACGUCAGCGCACUGUGCAAGUUGGCCGGCAAAGUAAACAAUAGUUGAAGCGUGGUUCUCCGGUUUUGGGAAUGUCAACGCCUCCCUGUGGUAUAACCAUAUAUGGGAGCGAUUCCGAAGACGAGUCCCAGGUCCCCCUCAAUCAGUUCUACCCUUACAUCCGAUGUGGCCUGUGCUGCGGCUUCCUCAUUGAUGCCACCACCAUCACAGAGUGCUUACACACAUUUUGCAAAAGUUGCAUCGUGAAGCAUUUUUUCAACAGCAACAGGUGUCCAUCAUGCACCAUUAUAGUGCACGAAACACAACCUCUUUACAACAUUAGGCCUGACAGACAACUGCAGGAUAUCGUGUACAAGAUGAUUCCUUUCCUUGAGCUGUUCGAAAGAGAGCAGAUGUGUAACUUCUACGAAAAACGAGGGCUGGCGAUACCCAAAUCAGUGGCGUUCUCCACACCAGCUCUUCUGGCAUCAAAACGACAAAAGAAGGACCCAGUGCCUCAGUGCGUGAUCAACAUUCCGCCUGAGCUGGACGUGUCGCUCUUGCUGGACUUUGUUGGGGCUGAAGAGGGGAUAAACAGCUACAAGCCACUAGAGAGGCCGUAUGUGCGUGUGUCAGGUGACGCCACCAUUCGCCACGUGGAGCUGUUCAUCAGGAAGAAGAUGGAACUCAGCCCAACUUGCCAGGUAGAUGUGGUUUGUGGAGAUCAACUCCUGGAUCACUAUCAGUCGCUAAAAGAUGUACAGAAUUUUGUGGGAGCUGAGGCUGUGCAGGAUGGUUUUCUGGUGCUGCACUUUGGCUUGGUCCUGUCCUGUCUGGCUUGAAAGGCUAGAGUAGCUUGGCUUCCUAGUGUUGCACACCUUUUGUAAACUGCAAAAUGACUGGAGCAAGUUACUAGCAUCAGCCAUAUGAUGGGAUUUUUUUAAGACUAUUUUUCGGGCCAUGCCUAUUGUGUCUAAUGGUGGAUUCUGCUAGUUUAUAUUUUUUUAUACUUUGCCUAAUGAUGGAUUCACCUAGUUUAUAUUUUUGUUUACUUUGCCAAGAUCAUUGGGACUUUAAGUUUAACUUUUUAACUUUAGCAUUUUCUCUGCUGAUUUCUGUAGCUGAGGUUAUCAUGAAAAUGUCACUCAAGGAGGACAACAGCCAAAGAUUUGUAAACAUACUAUACGUAGAUUUACAUUGUCCUUAGAAUUGAAAUCUUUGUAGUUGCACCCCCCUCAAAUCUAACUCUGAAUGAUUCUUUUUUUGGGGGGGUACAUCUUUGGGGACAAAGACCAUGAUCAAGUUGAAAUUGACCUCUGUGGUAGAAGUCUUUCAUCAGGUUUAACAAAAUGUUUGCUGUCUUACGACAAUUGCUUUGAAUAAAACCAUUAACGGUA